AUGUGUAUCAUUCUUUAUAAACAAAUUAAACAAUGGUGGAACAAAGACACCACCCCAAAUGCGACAACAGGGGAUUCAACAGCACAACCAGCCGGAACUACAAACCAAGUGGCGUGUGCUCAUCGCGAUGUUCCUUCAGAUGUGCCUUGCUUAGAGUGUAAGACGGAAAAGAAGGCAGCAAGGAAAUACCGAUGGAGGCUCAUUCUUUGCUUGGCAUGGCCAUUCGCCCUCCAGUCUCUUGACUCGACAAUCAUCGCAACUGCCCUGCCAUGGAUCGCUGGCGACUUUGGAGAAGUUUCACAGCUGAACUGGAUCGUUUCUGCUUUCAACCUGACCUCCGCCGCCUUUAUUCCCUUCUGGUCUCAACUGGCAGAUGUCUUUGGGAGGAACACGUCUCUCAAUGCUGCCAUCAUAUUGAUGCUCAUCGGCAGUACACUUUGCACUGCUGCUCCAACCAGCGCGUUCCCGGUUCUCCUCCUUGGCCGGGGCUUCCAAGGUAUCUCUGCAGCAGGUAUCAAUGUCGGCAUCCGAACUGUUCUUGCCGAUAAAGUAUCACUUCAGGAAAACGCAAAGAAUUGGGCCAUUUUCUCGAUGGUAGGAGGCGCAUCAUACGCCCUUGGCCCCGUUAUUGGUGCGAAACCAGGCUAUCUUACCAGUGCGGAUUGGAGAUGGUGCUUUGCCAUCAACCUCCCUGUUGCCGUAGUGGCCUUGGUCGUCAUCUUCUUCUUUCUCCGCAAGGAACUACUUGGCCCUCAACCCAUCCCCGAACUAGACGAAACUGUCGAGACUGGACGGAGGACAAAGUUCACUGCGAGGCUGAAGACGAUCGACGUGGGCGGCCAGCUUCUGUUCAUUAUCGGGUUUGGUCUCAUUAUUCUGGCACUGACUUGGGGUGGUGCAACUUACCCAUGGGCAUCCGCUGCCGUUAUUACCCCUCUUGUGAUCGGCUGCAUCUUCGCAGGCGGUUUCGUUUACUGGGAGUUUCUCCUUGCGCCCGGAAACUACCUGUCAGAAAAAAUGCCCUGGCAGAGGGCUAUGCUACCGUGGGCGUUACUUUCAAAUAGAGACAUUAUCCUGCUUUUCUACUGCGAGUGUGCUACCGGCGUUGGCAUGUAUGCAGUGCUGUACUUUUGCAACAUUUACUUCAUUGCUGUUAGAGGCUACGACUCCGAUAAGGCUGGCGUUCAGCUUCUUUACUUUCUUCCUGGACUCGCAGCCGGCGUCUAUAUUUGCUCCUUCAUGUGCAACAAGUGGCCCCGAAUGACGUUCCCGUCUGUCUUUCUGGGAACCAUCGUUGAAGCCAUUGGUAUUGGUCUCUUAGGUUGGUCCAUAUACGCGGAGCGUCUCGCACCUAUCUACGGAAUGAUGGCAUUGGUUGGGUGUGGCACUGGCCUGCGAUUCAUGGCCUCACCGCUACACGGAAUUGGCCUCUUUAAGAACAUGCGAGCUUCAGUCAUUGCGCUGAUGGCGGUCGCUAUUCCCUUUGGAGGUACCAUCGGGUUGACUAUAAUGUCAACAGUUUUCAACAACACAUCUGGCCUUGACUCGAACGAGAGCGACUUCUCUAAGAUUCAGUCACUACCGGAGGAUAUUAGAGACCAAGCCAUACACAAUGCAAAGAUGGGUGUCGUCUGGGCAUUUGUUUCCAUCACGCCUCUCAUCGUACUGGUAAGCGCUGUUGUAUGCGCCGCGUGCCUUGGGAAUGUCAAGUUCGACCAGGGCCCCAUGGGAGAGGGUGGAAAGCCGACUGAUGCGAUAGUCAGAGGUAGCUAUCUACUCAGCCUGGUGAGGAGCGAGAAGAAGUAUGUCGAAGAAGAGGAAGAAAUAAGACUGGAGCGCUCUAGUAGGGUGGGGUGGUUAGAGGGCACAUCGCCUGAGAAGUCUGUCGGUCAAAACUAA